AAAAACUCCAUCCGAACUUUUCCCCGUUCCCGAUUCCCGACACCCCCUUUCGCCGAGCGAAAAAUCUCCCCCUAAUUACGAGAAAAUCCCCGCCGCAUGCGUGAUAACGAUCUAAAACACAUUGCAGCUACCUAUUCCGGAAACACCAAUGGGGCGGCGCUGGGGUGGCGCCCCGGGGGCCGGGUGGCUCGCUAAAAGAGGCCAACGCCGCCCCGCCGGAUUGGCCCGCAACACCGGCGCUCUACCAAUAGGGGCGGAAAUCCCCAGCGAAACCUCCGGAAAAUUACAUUCGAAUUGUAUCAAAGCACGCGGAACUUGACGUUAUGUUAAGGGUUGUUAUGGUGGGAAAUUGUUGCAGGUAUAUUGGGGUUGGUGUAUUGUUUUAAGUUGUGGAGAUUAGGAGUUGUGCAUAGGGGUGCUCGAGGGUAAAUAAUGUUUUUGUGUUAAUAAGUUGCAUUCGCCGUAAUUUGAAGUGUUUUGUAGCGCGUUUGAAUGAAGAGAAUCCGCCAUUAUUUCGAGUUCGGAAUUUACCGCCGAAUUUUCGAGGAAUUUUCACGGGAAUAAAUGCGUGGUAAACGACCCGUCGCUGUGCUGGAAAGCAUCGCAAGUCAAUACAAAAACGCAACAAGUAUCCGCUGGGCAUAGUAAAUUUUCAGCCUUUCGUCACAGAUUUUUGCUUCAGCACUUCGAAUAAAGACCGGACGCGAGGACCUUCGGCCGGAAAACUCCGCCGAUCUCGCGAAAAUCCACCGGGAAAAAUUCGCGGGAUGAGGGCGCGCUAGAAGUUCAGUGUCAACAUUACGGGAGGAUUGAUCGGAAUAAAUUAAUAUUAGUACGAUGACCCGUCUUUAUGUUAAUUAGGAGAUCGACCUGCAUUUUGUGGCGGUUGUUUUGUGAUUUUGCGGAAAACCGUGCAGUGUUUUGCCUAGCAUGUCCGUAGCUCCAUCUCGCGCGGGCAGCCGCAUGCAGCACUACGAAGACGACGACGGCGACGCCGACGCCGCCGCCGACGAAGAAACCGCCCGGCGCGCCUCCGCCAACGGCCCGCCGCCCCCAGAGGGCGCCCUGCCCAACGGCGCCGACUACUUCGAGCCGCCCGAAGACGACGACGACGACGAGAAGCCGCCCGACGGCGGCGCCGCGACGGCCAGUUCGAAUCGUGACGGCGCCGCGAACGCUCACCGCCCCACGCCCGCCGCCGGCAACCACAGGAGCCGACGCAGAGGCGACACCGACGAGGAGGACGAGGUCGGGAACGGUAACGGUGGCUACUGGCGUUCGCAGGCGGCCUCCAGGCCCGGAUCGCCCCCGAUGGCCGAUAACGCCAGCGAUGCGUCGUCGAUGGUGCCCGUAGCGGCGCCGGCGCGGCCGAAAAGCCGCGCCGAGAUGACGAUGACCGCCAGCCGGUACUCGAAUUUGUCGUACUGGAGGGCGAGACGGGUGAUUUUCUACAAGAACGGCGAUCCGUUUUUCCCCGGUAUAGAGUUCAGGUUCAAACCCGGCAGGGAUAUAGUCAGUUUGGAGUCGCUUUUGGACAAGUUAUCGUUGAGGAUGGAUCUUCCGCGGGGCGCUAGAUAUAUAUUUUCGAUGGACGGGGAUCGGAAGUACCGAUUGGAUGAGUUAGAAGACGGGGCUUCCUACGUUGUGUCUUCGUACAAAACAUUUAAGGCGGCGAGUUACGGCAAGAAAAACGGCAUCUGGUACGCCGCCCCGGGCGGCCAAGGCUGGAGCAAAGCGCCCAGCAGGAAGGCCUCCAUCGUGGAAAUGGACGCGCCGCCGCCCGGCGGCGGCCCCAUCAAACCCAGCACCGGCCGAGUAAUCAGAAUCAUCAACAACACAGACCACACCGUGCAGUGCCGCGUCCUGCUGAACCUGCGCACCAGCCAGCCCUUCGAGGAGGUGCUCGAGGACCUGGGGCAGGUGCUGAAGAUGAACGGCGCCAAGCGCAUGUACACGGUCUCCGGGCAGGAGGUGCGCAGCUUCUCGCAGCUGCGCAACGAGUUCGCCGACGUCGACACGUUCUACCUGGGGGCGGGCGGCGUCGGCGGCGCCGCGACGCCGGCCGUGAUGCUGUCGCCGGUGAGGCGGGCGCGGUCGCGCGGGCCCCAGACCGCCAUCGUCGAGGACAUCAGCAAGCAGCGGCGGUCGCGGAGCAAGAGCAGGCCGCGGGCGCUCUACGCGCCCGAGAGCGAGAUCAUCAGGACUAAUGAUUACACUUUAUUGGAAGUGUUGAAAGAAGAACCGGCUAGAGUGACAAUUAAGGGCAUGCGGCGCACUUUUUAUCCUCCCUUGCAUCACGCUCCGAUGGAUAAUACGCCGCCGGAGAAGAAAAUGGCCCUCGAAUGGGUAUACGGGUAUAGAGGUACAGAUUCGAGAAGAAACCUCUGGGUACUUCCCACCGGCGAGCUGCUCUAUUUCGUAGCCGCAGUAGCGGUAAUGUACGACAGAGACGAAGAAACCCAAAGGCAUUACACGGGACAUACCGAAGACAUCCAAUGCAUGGAGUUGCAUCCUUCCAGAGAGAUGGUAGCGUCAGGACAAAGGGCAGGCAGGAACAGGAAGACGCAGGCGCACAUUAGAAUAUGGAGUACUGAAACUUUGCAGACACUGUACGUGUUCGGUAUGGGAGAAUUCGAAGUCGGCGUAUCGGCGGUGGCCUUUUCUCAAUUAAACGGGGGUAGUUACGUUUUGGCAGUGGAUGCCGGAAGGGAGAGCAUUUUAUCCGUAUGGCAGUGGCAAUGGGGCCAUCUUCUAGGAAAAGUAGCCACCCUACAAGAGGAACUAACCGGCGCCGUAUUCCACCCUUUAGACGACAAUCUAAUGAUAACCCACGGCAAAGGCCACUUGACCUUCUGGAACCGAAGAAAAGACGGAUUCUUCGAACGAACCGACAUCAUCAAACCGCCGUCGAGAACGCUGAUAACGUCGCUGCAAUUCGAGCAGGACGGCGACGUCAUAACGGCGGACAGCGACGGCUUCAUAACGAUCUACAGCGUCGACGCCGACGGCGCCUACUACGUGCGAAUGGAGUACGAGGCGCACAACAAGGGCGUCGGCGCCUUGGUGAUGCUCUCCGAGGGGACGCUGCUGUCCGGCGGCGAGAAAGACAGGCGAAUAGCCGCUUGGGAUUCGCUGCAGAACUACAAGAAAAUCACCGAUACCAAGUUACCGGAUGUGUACGGCGGGGUGCGAUCGAUCUACCCGCAGAGGCCGGGCAGGAACGACGGGAACAUCUACGUGGGCACCACGAAGAACAACAUCCUGGAGGGCUCGCUGCAGCGGAGGUUCAACCAGGUGGUGUUCGGGCACGGUAGGCAACUUUGGGGCCUAGCCGUGCAUCCUGACGAUGAAAUAUUCGCCACGGCCGGCCACGACAAGAACAUAGCCUUGUGGAGGAAAAACAAACUCAUUUGGGUUACUCAGGUAUCAUUCGAAUGCAUUUCGCUGUGUUUCCACCCGUUCGGGGUGGCCCUAGCGGUGGGCAGCACCGAAGGGCAUUUGAUCAUAAUGAACUCCGAGACCGGCGUGGUGGUGAACACGAUCCGAGUGUGCGGAUCGCCUUUGAACUGCGUCGCCUACAAUCCAACCGGUGAUUUGAUCGCCAUCGCUUCGCAAAACGGCAGCGUGUAUUUGUUCAGGGUGAGCCGGGACGGGUACUCGUACAAAAAAUCGAACAAAAUCAGAGGCGCCCAGCCGCUCAUGCAGCUCGAUUGGAGCUCCGACACGAAUUUCCUUCAAACCGUCACUGCCGACUACGACCUGUGUUUCUGGGAUGUGAAAACGCUGUCACCGGAAAAGAGCCCUAUAGCUGUGAAAGACGUGAAAUGGUACACUCAUAACUCAACUGUAGGCUUCACUGUAGCCGGUAUUUGGAACAACAGGUUUUACCCGAUGACAUCGAUAAUAAGCACGGCUAGCCGAUCGGCUGCUCACGAUUUACUCAUAUCAGGCGAUACCGAUGGUUACUUGCGGUUAUUCAGGUACCCGUGCAUCAGCCCCAAGGCGGAGUACAACGAGGAGAAGGUGUACAGCGGCACGGUGGCGUGCGCCCGGUUCCUCUUCAACGACAGGAACGUCGUCACCGUGGGCGGCACCGACGCCUCGCUGAUGCUGUGGCAGCUGGUGGAGGAAUAGCGCCAGCUCCCCCACGUGUACCUGCCGCCUCUGACGGCGAACGGGCCGACGGCGGGCCGGCGGAGAUGGUUCUGCGGGGACUCGGAUGAAACGGAGGAGUUCGCUACCGAUUCGGACGGUACCUUCGAGGUGCUCCGUUGGCGAUAUUAGGAGUCGAUCGGGGGAUUUUUUGUAACGGGAGCUUUGAUGUAAAGUGCACUAGAAACGCCUGUUUUCAAACAACGAAAUACGUAUACAAAUUUAGGUAAUAAUUGUAAAGAAAUUUGUUUUAGUAUCUAUACUUUAAUUCCAAAAUAGUAGGUACUAAAUUCUAGGAAAUAUUAUCGCUUUAAUGCGAAAACAUUGUUGUCAUUUAAUGCCUAAUAUUUUGGAAUUAGAGUAUAAUUUGUGAUAUUCCGUUUGUAAAAUGGAUUUUAUUUCAAACGAAUGGGAUGCAUUUUUGUGAAUUUUAUUGUACGAGUGAAGUUUCGAAAGUUCCGGGAAUUGUGCUCUAAUUAAAUUAUGUAGAACUUCCGAAACAUCCCUCGUAGUUGUAACGAUAAUUUCAUGUUAUGUAUAAAACGAAUUACCUCGAUUUUUGAGCGUUAAUCCAUCCAUAUUUUAAUAUUUUUAGAGCUUUCACUAAAUUGGAACAAUUGCAACGAUAAUAUAGUUUUAUUCGUUAAAGGUACCGUUUACUUUUAUUAAUACAGGGUGUCCCAAUGAAAAGUAGCCCCUUUAGUGAGCUAAUAAUUUUAAAUUAUAAGAGGCUACUUUUCAUUGGGACACCCAGUAUUUCAUUGAUAUAUCACUUUUAAAGUUUGCGUGAUACUAAACGGUACACUCUAGAUAUUUCACUGAAAACUGCCAAUAGGUAGGUAAGAUUUAAAUAAAAAAAAUGCUUAUUUAAUUACAGCAUCAAAUAUUAAUUUAUAAAAAUAAUCACUCAAUAAAUAGAUUAGUCGAUUACUUUUGUUAUGAAUUGUAGGAUUACUAAUUUUAAAAAUUUUUGUAACUUAGGCGAAAAUGAUAUUUAAAAUAAAUACCCUAUAAAUGCAAACAUCAAUUUCUCUUUAGAACAAGUUUAUCUAAUAAAAAAGUGAAUAUAACAAACUUCCAUUUAUUAAGAAAAUAAUUUGAACAUUGUUAAAUCUACAUCAAGAAAAAUAGAAUAAUUUCAUAUUCUAUACAUUAUAAUAUAUUAAUCGUUAAAUAUUUCAAAAAAAACUCUACAACUACAUACUUAAAGCUUGCUUCGUUAACGAAUAAGGAAUACUUCUAGGGCGAGUAAUAUUAUACGGUAAUAAAUAUAAAAAUCCAAAUGGAAAAGUAUGAAACAUCACAUCAAUUUACCAACAGUAUUGGCACUUUAAGGAACUUCAACAGCACUUUGUACUAACCGGAAGGUCAAACAAAAAAAAAAUAAUACAAAAUUCAAAAAAAAAAACCAAACACAAACCUAAAUUCUAAUACAGUCAAAUGCUUCACCCGAUCACCUGCAAAUCAAUUUACCAUAAAAAUCAAUUCAAAUAAACAAAUAAUUAUAUACAGGAUGUCCCGCAUAAGAACCGACACAUACCAGGUAGGAUAUUCUUUAAAGACCUUUAACUUUUAAGGAAUGCAACUUCAUAUUAAGCUGGUUUAAACAACAUUUUGGGCUACCCCACGCGUCCCUGCUGCGGUUAUUAUUCGGGACACCCUGUAUAUAUAUCGUCCCAAAACUGACCACGAAACUAAACGGCGGUAACGUCGACGGUCUCGAUUCUCGUAAUCGGCUCCAUCACCUUCACGUUCAAAUUCUUCUCGACGUUCGAAUUGAUUUUCAAAUCCUGUAUCAUCUCGAUCACGCCGUUGAUCGCCUCCGAGUCCUUCUCCACCUUUUGAUUGGUCUUCGCGUAAUGCAAAUAGCAAUAUCCCCUGCUGCCCUUCCACGUUAUGUUGUUCGGCUUGAUGCCCUUCUCUCGCAGGGCCAUUUUAAAGUCUCGAACUCUAAAAAAAUAACAUUCAGAUAAUGUACAAUGUGGGUGCAAUAAACACGACUUCAAUUAGUCUCGUGUAAAGGACAAAGAGCGAUGAUUGUGGGAUUGCAACUUUCUCGCUCUAACCGAUGGUAAUUUGAAUCAUCUUUCUUUGUUCAACUGGUAGAAUCGAUCGUAUUUAUACCUGACGUUUUUCUGGAUAUUGCUGACUCUCAAGGAAUAGUCGAUGUGCGGCUUCUUUUUCUUCUUCUUAAUCUUAUUUUGCGGCGGAAUGUUUUCCAAAUUUUCUUGAGUAUUGUCGCUCUUGGAAUCCUUGAAUUUUACAACGCGACGAAGAGCACC